AUUUCCCCGCUCCCCCGGGGCCACGCCCACUUGCUCCGUCGCCUUGGAGACCCCUUCCCCCGCCCCCCUCGGGUAAAGAGAGGCGGCGGCGCUGCUGCUGCGGCUGCGGCGGAAGUCCCGCCUCCCCACUUCCGCUUCCCGCCCCUCCUUUCUCCGUCCCUGAGGAGACCCCGCUUUUCGCCCCUUUAUUCCUCGCUCUCCCGGAGCGUGUGUCGGUGCGGAUGGGCUUCCUCGUUCUCCUCCUCUCUGAGGUUUUCUCCAACGUAGACUGAGCUGCCGGUCUCUGUGGUGGGGGCCAAGGCCGCACCGCCUCCUGGGAGGUCUCCGGAGGCCUGGGGCCGGACUGGGCGCCGGAGCGGCUUCGCUGGGGCCAUUUGCGUCGGAGAAACGGAGGCGCCGGAACUGGCUGGGACUCUUCCUCCCUCCCUGCCUUCUCUCCUGCCGCUGUGCCAGCGAGCUCUCCGCUUGCCCCGCUGACCGCCUCUGCCGCUUGGGAAGAGUAGCACUUGAGAAGCUGCCCUUGGGGUCCCCAGCUGUUGAAAUCGAGGCUGAAGGGUACGAUCCAAGGCAGAGUCUUUAAGGUUGUCGGAGAAGAAAAGGAAGAGAGACACAACCAACAAGAGGAAGAGAGCGCAGCCAAGGAGCAGUAGGAUGGCAGCUGAGACCCUGAACUUUGGGCCAGAGUGGCUUCGGGCGCUCUCCAGCGGCGGGAGUGUCGCAUCCCCCCCUCCCUCCCCUGCCAUGCCAAAGUACAAACUCGCGGAAUACAGAUAUGGGCGGGAAGAGAUGCUGGCACUUUACAUCAAAGACAACAAGGUCCCAGAGGAAAUCCAGGACAAAGAGUUCUCUGCCAUUCUCCAGGAUGAUCCCCUGCAGCCCCUGGCCUUGCUGCCAUUGACAGAAGAAGAACAGAGGAACUUCUCCAUGUCUGUGAAUAGUGUUGCUGUGCUGAGGCUGAUGGGGAAGGGGGCCGGGGCCGCCCCAGCGGGAGUCUCCCGGGGCAGAGGCAGCACGCGAAGCCGAGGUACGGAGGGCAGGCCAGGCCGUGGCCGAGGUGAGAGUGGCUUUUACCAAAGAAGCAUUGAAGAGGCAGAAGGAGCGUUUGGCCGUGGAGCAGUCCGUGAGAUACACCGCAGCCAGAGCUGGGAUGACCGAGGGGAACGACGGUUUGAGAAGCCCAUUCGACGGGAAGGAGUCCGGGCUCCGUUUGAGGAGGCAGCCCCUCCAGGCCGGAAGGACUUUGCCCGCUCGGACAGCGACAAUUGGCGGACGCUGAGAGAGGAGCACGAGGAGGAAGAGGAGGGUGGCAGCGGCGGCGGUGCCGCUGUGGCCGGGUUGGGGGGCAGCUGGCGGCAGAGCGGAGCGGCCAGAAGAGAGAGCGAGCGCUGGCGGUCAGCUAGCCCAGAUGGAGGGCCUCGGUCGGCAGGGUGGCGAGAGCAUGGAGGAGAAGGGCGGCGCAGGAAGUUUGACUUCGACUUCCGGGAGCGCGAGGAUGAACCGCGGGGCGGGCGGCGCCACCGGCACAACAGUGACAGCUUUGAGGACGACAAGGACGGCCUCCCCGAGUGGUGCUUGGAAGAUGAGGAAGAGGAGAUGGGGACCUUCGAUUCCUCCGGGGCCUUCAUGUCCCUCAAGAAGAGCCCCAAAGAGUCAGCCCACGAAGAUCAGGAGUUAAGUUUCCAGCCCCUGCAAGAAGAGGAGGAGGAAGAGGCGGAGGGCGACCUGCCGGAGGUGAAGGACGGGAGCCAGAGGGGCAGCGGGGAGCUUCCUGUCAGCCCCAUGGCCAAGGAGGCGCCAGAAAGAGAGCGGAAGGAGCCCCGGCAAGUGCCAGAUGAGAGCGUGCCGGCCCCCCCUGGUGCCCCCUGGCGCUCCGGCCCCCCGUCCUCCAUGGCUCCUGCUGUCCUACCAGCCGGCGAAUGUGAAACGGCCGGCCCAGGAGCCUCCUCCAAAGCCGAGGGGUCCCUGAUGGCUGCCAGCAGCAACCAGGAGGCUGAAGCCAUGGACGGAGACCCAGGCCUCCUCAGCCCACCGACACAGCUGAGCCCCGUUGCCAUCUCUGUUCUCCCUGCGCCAACGCCAUCGUCCACAGCUGCUGCUGCUGCUGCUACUGAAUUUGUGGUUGGGGACAAUGAGGACGAGGACGGGAUGAAGCACCUGCAGCAGGAAGCCGAGAAGAUGGUGGCCUCCUUGCAGGACAACUCUCUGGAAGAGGAGCACUUUGCCCACGCCAUCGUGGACCACCGCAACACGGCUGCCGCCUUGCCGCUCUCCCAUGAAGCAGCCAUGAAGUGGUUCUACAAGGACCCCCAGGGCGAGAUCCAAGGGCCCUUCACCACACAGGAGAUGGCAGAGUGGUUCCAGGCCGGCUACUUCACCAUGUCGCUGCUGGUGAAGCGGGGCUGUGACGAGGGCUUCCAGCCACUGGGAGAGGUCAUCAAGAUGUGGGGAAGAGUGCCUUUCGCUCCCGGUCCGUCGCCUCCGCCAUUACUGGGGAACAUGGACCAGGAGCGCUUGAAGAAGCAGCAAGAGCUGGCCGCGGCCGCCCUCUACCAGCAGCUCCAGCAGCAGCAGCUGCUCCAGCUGGUCAACAGCCGGCAGCAGUAUGCCCUCCAGCAGAAAGUGGCCACGGGAGACCUGACCCCCCAGCAGCUGACCACCUUCCUCCAGCAGCUGCAGGCUCUCAAGCCCAGAGCCGGGGAGCAGGGGAUCAUUCCUUCUAUGAACCGAUCGAUAUCUGUGCCAGACACCGGGUCCCUGUGGGACACACAUACCUCAGCCUCACCGCAAGCAGGCGGUGAGGCCAGCUUAUGGGAUAUUCCAAUUAAUUCUUCAACUCAGGGUCCAAGCUUAGAACAACUGCAGCUGCAACACAAAUUCCAGGAGCGGAGAGGCGCCGAACUCAGGGCCAAGCGGGAGGAGGAGGAGCGCAAGCGGCGCCAGGAGGAGCAGAAGCGGCGCCAGGAGGAGGAGGAGCUCUUCCGGCGCAAGCAGGCCCGGGCCGGCCCCGGCAGCGCCUCCCAUGUGCAGCUGUCCUCUUCCUCCUCCUCUUCCUCCUGGGGCCAGCAGUCAGUCAACAGCAACUCCUCCUCCCAGAACAGCUUCAGCAUCGCCGACAUCCAGAAGAUGGGGGACGCCCGGGCCUGCCGGGAGCUGCGGGAAAUGCGGGAAGAAUGCCGGCAGCAGGAGCUGCUCCUCAAGCUCCUCCAGCAGCAACAGCAGCAGCAGAACUCUCACCCGCUGUGGGGCAGCCUGGCCAAGCAGAACAUCUCCAUGAAGGCCCUGCUGGAGCUGCAGCAGGAGAGCGAGAGGCACCUGCAGAAGCAGCAACAGCAGCAGCAGAGGGCCCAGCAACGGGGGCAUGGCAGCCAUGGCCUGGCCAGCCUCUCCUCCUCGUCGCAGUGGGGGGUGGACUCCGGGUCGCUGUGGGGCGGCCACGACAAGAACAGCUCCAUCAGCCUCUGGGAGGAGAGCGUCAAGAAUGCCGGGCCCCUCGCCCGCAGCCUGGGCCUGAAGAACAGCCGCAGCAGCCCCUCCCUGGGGGACUCCUACGGGGCUUCCUGUCGCCAGAGCCGGAAGAAGACGGACGAGGAGGAGAAGCUCCUGAAGCUGCUGCAGGGCUUCCACAAGCCGCCCCCCCAGGACGGGUUCACCCAGUGGUGCGAGCAGAUGCUCCACGCCCUCAAUACCUCCAGCAACCUCGAUGUGCCCACGGCAGUGGCCUUCCUGAAGGAGGUGGAGUCCCCCUACGAGGUCCACGACUGCAUCCGCUCCUACCUGGGAGACACCCUGGAAGCCAAAGAGUUCGCAAAGCAGUUCCUGGAGCGCCGUGCCAAGCAGAGGGCCAACCAGCAGCGCCAGCAGCAGCAGGAAGCCUCCUGGCUGAGCCCCAGCAGCCUUCAGUCCCUGUUCCAGUCCAACCACAACCCCAAGCCACCGUCGUUUGAGAGCAGCCAGGCCCUGAAAAUCAAGCGGCGCCCCAUGAUGCUCCAUGCGGACCCCAGCAUCCUCGGGUACGCGCUUCACGGCUCCUCCAGCGAGUUGGAAACGGUGGAAGACUACUGACUGCGCUGCUGCGCCUCACAGCAAUAGGAACCUCUCUCCCAUCCUCCUCCUCGUCCCCCCCCCUCCCUCCCUUUCUCUGCCGCUGCUGCCUUGAAUCUCACCCCUUUCAGUCCCGGCUGAAUGUGCACUGCGAGAGGCGGCCAUCCUUUUUUGUGUGGGGGGGACGGGGGACGGACGCUUCCCCCCCAUCUCCCCCUCCUCCUCCUCCCUCCCAGGGGGAGCGGUCAGCGGAGGCCAGUGUUGGUCAGUGGCGGCUGCGGGUCAGCGGGGCCCGCCCGGCUGGAGGACGGACAUCCAAGCACUUCUUUCCUUAUGAGAAAAAAAAGCACCUUAAAGCGAACAAAAAAAAAAACUUUUUUUCUGCCAUGCACUUUAUCAAAGAACUCUUUGUGUUGUCAUCGUUUUGUUUUUUUUACAGUGACUUGUUACGGAUUCAGAAAAAAAAAGAGUUUAAAAAAAAAGAGGAAAAAAUACUUUUUUUGGAGAGUUUAUAGAAGAACAUUUCUUUUUAUAAAAAAAAGAAGUUUGGAAAAAAAACCUACAAAAAGUUUAUCUUUAAAGAAAACACUUAUUUUUCACACGGGGAAAUAAUCUAUAUCUAUAUAAAUAUAUAUACAUACGUUGAAAAGAAAACAAUGUGAACGGCAUUUUUCACACAAAGGCUUGAUAUAAAAAAAAAAGAUUUAUAAGACAAAAAAAAACUUGAAGACCUGCACUUAGAGAAGAAAACAAAAGAGAACUGUGUUGCUGUUUUUUCUUAAGAGGAUAUUUUUUUUCUUUUUCCUUUGGAAAAGUAUAGAUAACGUGUAAAUAAUACUGUUGAAAACUCUUGAUUCCGCACAGUAUAUUUUCUCUUACAAAGAGGCCAUUUUAUAUGAAAAUGUUUUGUUUUGUUUUUCGUCGGAUGGUUUAUUGUCGUCGGGAUUUUUUUUUUUUUUGCUGUCGGAGAAAAAAAAAGAAUUGCACAAAAAUGCCUCCUUUCCUUGUUUCCCUCCCUGAUUUUUUUUUUUUUUUGGGACGUACAAUUCUAUUUCUAUGUAUUUUUUAUAUAUAAAGGAAAAAAACACAUACAAAAAAAGAAGAGAGAAAUGAAUUUCAAGAUACACUAAAAAAAAAGCGACAAUGAAGCGGGUCUGUUGCCGGUACCGGAAGCUCCCAGACUCCUUUCCCGCGGCGGACUACAAAUCCCAGCCAUCAGCUUCCAGCUUCUUCCAGGAAGACUUCCUCCUUCCUUCCUUCCUUCUUCCUACAACUUCAUUCCUUCCGGAUCGUGUCCCGAACAUUUCGCUUCCUUCUGGACCUUUUCGUCAGCCUCGGUCUUCGAAUAUAUUACAAUUAAUUACCUUUGGUUUCCUUCUGGACCUUUUCGUCAGCCUCUUCGGUCUUCGAAUGGAUUACAAUUCCUGUCUCUGCAAACGUCGUUUUUUAUUUUUAUUUCAUGCACUUUUGGGAAGAAAAAAAGAACAACAACAUAAUGUACAAGAAGAAUUGAAUGUUUUUUUUUUUUCUCCUUUUGUUUCGAGUCGUCUUUUUUCCUUUUCAUCCAAACCGUACUGGAAGCGAGCUCGCUCGGAAGGAUUAUUUUUUUCGGAGAUAAGACUUGUUUUGUGUGCGAGGAAAACCGCUCCUGUGUGCACUCAGAAGCAGAAAUGAAUGUAUCCGAUGCGUCGCCGCCCGGAAGAAAAGCUGCCCGGCGACAAGGGCGUCCGCCAUCUUUGUUGACAAGACUGUUGUAUUUUUGAGCCCCCCCCCCCUUUUUGUGUGUGUGUGUAUGUAUGUGUGACAUCAGAGCUCCCUUUACCCCCCAAAUUACCUCUCUUUUGGGACAAACAUUUCCUUGCGGAUACAUACGUGUGCCUGUGUAUAGCAUGGGCAAACCUUGGCCUUCUAGUUGUUUUGGACUGCAACUCCCAGCAUUCCUAACAGCCUCAGGCCCUUUCCUUUUGCCCCUCGGCCGCUUAAGCGGCCGAGGGGCAAAAGGAAGGGGCCUGAGGCUGUUAGGAAUGCUGGGAGUUGCAGUCCAAAACUCCUGGACGGAAAGCCCAAGGUUUGCCCAUGCUUUUGAUUGACUUUGUUUACAAUCUUUUUUUGGUUGCACACAGGGUACGCAGUCAUAGCAGAAGGGGAGAUAUGUAUGUAUAUGUUGGUCUGCUACGGCUCUUUUGGCCCAUAAUCGUCCCCCUGAAAUGUGGAAAAUAGGUGCGUAUGUAUCUGUAUGUAUAUAUAUGUAUAGGUCUUCAACUCUUGCAAAGCAUACAUACAUAUAGAUAUAUAAGAUCUACGUCUGUCCUGUCCUGACCCAUAAGAUGUCUCAGAAAUGUGGGAAGUAUGUCUAUAUAUAGUGUGUGUAGGUCUGUGACACUCUUUUCGACCCAGGAGUGUGUGUGUGUGUAUAUAUUUACAUAUAUAUACAUAUGCAUACAUACAUACAUAUAUAUAUAGUCUGUGCCACUCUUUCGACCCUUAAGAUCCCUCUGAAUUGUGGAAAAUAUUUCUAUACUUUGGCCCAUGAACAUCCCUCUAAAAUAUGGGAAGUGUGUGUAUAUAUUUACAUAUAUAUAUAUAUAUAUACACACACACACACACGAAAGUGUUUAUUGACAUAUAUAUACAUAUGCAUACACACAAACCAUACUGAUUAUAUAUAUAUAUAUAUAUAUAUAUAGUCUGUGCCACUCUUUCGACCUUUAAGAUCCCUCUGAAUUGUGGGAAGUAUAUCUAUACUUUGGCCCAUAAACAUCCCUCUAAAAUGUGGGAAAUGUGUGUGUUUGUGUGUGUGUGUGUAUACACACAAAUAUGCAUGCACACAAACACACAUAGACUGUAUGUGUGUGUGUGUGUAGGUCUGUGACACUCUUUUGACCCAUGAGCAUCCCUCUGAAAAGUGGAAAGUGUGUGUGUAUACACACACACACACACACACACACAUGCAAACAGACAUGCAUAUAUUUAUUACAGCAUUAUUAUAUGUAUGUAUGUGUGUGUAGUUUGUGCAGCUCUUUCAACCCCUAAGAUGCGGAAAGUAUAUCUAUUUUGAUCUAUAAGCACCCCUCUGAAAGUUUGUGUGUGUGUGUGUGUGUGUAUAUAUAUAUAUAUAUAUACACACACACACACACACACACACUUUUAAACAUGCAUGCACACAAACAUGCAUAGCUGAUAUACAUGCAUGCACACAAACAUGCAUAGCCGAUAUACAUGCAUGCACACAAACAUGCACAGACAAAUAUACGUACAUACAUACAUACAUACAUAGUCUGUGCCACUCUUUUGACUCCUAAGAUCCCUCUGAAAUGUGGAAAGUAUGUAUGUAUAUGUAUUCACACACAUAUGCAUAUGUAGGUCUGCAGCACUCUUCCAACCUAUAGGCUUCCCUCUGAAAUGUGGAAAGACAUUUCUCUGUGUGUAUACACAUACAUACCUACAUGAACAUAUAUGUGUGUGUGUGUGUGUAUGAAUAUGGUCUGUGCCACUCUUUCGACCCUUAAGAUCCCUCUGAAAUGUGGAAAAUAUUUAUCCAUUUUGGCCCAUAAGCAUACCUCUGAAAUAUGGGAAGUGUAUGUAUGUAUAUGUAUACACACACAUACGUAUAUGUAGGUCUGUAGCAAUCUUCCAACCCAUAAGCUUCCCUCUGAAAUGUGGAAAGACUGUAUCUCUGUGUGUAGAUACAUACCUACAUGAACAUAUAUGUGUGUGUGUGUGUAUAUGUAUAUGGUCUUAAGAUCCCUCUGAAAUUGCGGUUUUAAAAUCCUUCUGAAAUGUGGAAAGCGUGCAUAUGUGUGUAUAUACAUAUACACACACACAUGUAUAUGUCUGUGUAUAUAUGUAUAUGGUCUUAAGAUCCUUCUGAAAUGUGGAAAGCAUGCAUAUGUGUGUAUAUAUAUACAUAUACACACACACAUGUAUAUGUCUAUGUGUAUAUAUGUAUAUGGUCUUAAGAUCCUUCUGAAAUGUGGAAAGCAUGCAUAUGUAUAUACAUAUACACACACAUGUAUAGGUCUGCCUGGCAUUCUUUUGACCCAUCACAUCCCUUCAAAAUGUGAGAGGUAUAUGUAUGUGUGUGUAUAUAUAUGUAUAUAUGUAUGUGGGUCUGUCUGUGGCCCGCUUUCGACCCAUGACAUUUGAAUUUGUGGGCCAGAAGCCCCUUUGAGCCUCUCCUCGCUUUGGGGGCCUUAGAAGGAGUGUCAUGGGUGCCAUGUUUUGUGCCCCCCUCUUCUUUAUUUCUUCGGAUCUUCCCGACACCCCCCAAUCUCUCCAGGUUUCGGGACUUUGCCAUUAAUGCUGUGAUGCUUUAACCCUUGCUGUGUGUGUGUGUUUUUAGGCAGGAGACUGAGGACGGAGGCCAUUGCUGUGAAAGUCAAUUGCAGGUCUCUCUUCCUCUCUCGUUCGGUCAGUAUUGAGCCACGGGGGUGCAAAGGGGACCCCGAAACACCUUCCGGGACCCUUCCCAUCUGUUGAGAAACUGCUUCCUGGCCAAACAAGGGCUUCCCUUUAGUGAUAUUGUAGAGAGUUGGAUUCCAACAUUGGAAAGGUUGGGUCCUCCGGGUGUUUUGGACUGCAACUCCCACCAUUCCUCACAGCCUCAGGCCCUUUCCUUUUGCCCCUCAGCCGCUUAAGCGGCUGAGGGGCAAAAGGAAAGGGCCUGAGGCUGUUAGGAAUGCUGGGAGUCCAGAGUACGAAUAUAAUAGCCCGACCAAGAACCCAUGAGAUCAUACCUUACGCACCUGGCCUUUCUUUUCCCGCUCAGCUUAAGCUCCUGAGGGUCAAACGGAUACGGCCUGAGGUUGUUAGAAAUGGUGUGAGUCCAAAGUACAAAUAUAAUAGCCCGACCAAGAAGCCAUGAGAUCAUGCCUCACACACCUGGCCUUCCUUUUUCUCCCUCAGCUUAAGCGCCCAAGGGUCAAACGGAUAUGGCCUGAGGCUGUUAGAAAUGGUGGGAGUCCAAAGUACAAAUAUAAUAGCCUGACCAAGAAGCCAUAAGAUCAUGCCUCACACACCUGGCCUGCCUUUUCCCGCUCAGCUUAAGCGCCCGAGGGUCAAACGGAUACGGCCUGAGGCUGUUAGAAAUGGUGGGAGUCCAAAGUACGAAUAUAAUAGCCUGACCAAGAAGCCAUGAGAUCAUGCCUCACACACCUGGCAUUCCUUUUCCCGCUCAGCUUAAGCGCCCAAGGGUCAAACGGAUACUGCCUGAGGCUAUUAGGAAUGGUAGGAGUCCAAAGUACGAAUAUAAUAGCCCGACCAAGAAACCAUGAGAUCAUACCUUACGCACCUGGCCUUCCUUUUCCCGCUCAGCUUAAGCGCCCAAGGGUCAAACGGAUACGGCCUGAGGCUAUUAGGAAUGGUGGGAGUCCAAAGUACGACUAUAAUAGCCCGACCAAGAAACCAUGAGAUCAUGCCUCACACACCUGCCCUUCCUUUUCCUGCUCAGCUUAAGCGCCCGAGGGUCAAACGGAUACGGCCUGGGGCUGUUAGGAAUGGUGCGAGUCCAAAGUACGACUAUAAUAGCCCGACCAAGAAACCAUGAGAUCAUAACUUACACACCUGCCCUUCCUUUUCCUGCUCAGCUUAAGCGCCUGAGGGUCAAACGGAUACGGCCUGAGGCUGAUGGGAAUGGUGGGAGUUGGAGUCCAAAACACCCAGAGGACCCAAGUUGGCCCAUGCCAUACCUUUUCCUUCUUUCUUUCCAACCGAACAGGAACUCUGAAGUCACGCAAAAUCUAAUGUCUAUUAUUUACUUCCUUUCCCACCCAAGGUACGGGCAACGUUUACACUAGCUUCUCUGGCCCCUUGUCCCUUUGGCCUUUUGGGGAGGGGGCUGCAGAGACCCCUACUUCCCCCCCACCCAACCCCAAAUUGGGGAGGGGUCUCCCAAGUACGCCUUCCGUUUCCACGCAACUUCCAUCUCUUCUGUAAAUAGUCUCCGACCGAUAUCAAAACGUGGCGAAUCAUUUUACACGCGUGUUCGUUCUUUGUUUUGCCUUAUGGAAAUGAUUUUGGUUGAUUUGGGUGGGGGGGCUUGGAGUCGUAGCCCGCCCUCUUUUUUUGAGUAUUAUUAUAUCGAUCUUUUCAAUUCAAUACCUAGCAAUAAGGAGCAGCGAAAACUGUAGCACACAGAGCUGGGAAGAAAGGGGGAGAUGGUCUAGGGGUCCCCCUCCUCAAAUUAUCGUCUGUUGUUGUUAUUAUUACGAGAGCGGCAAUCCAUGAAAUGUGAAGAGCAUUGCAUGCUAUUGUUUUGUUUUGUUUUUUUAUGGGGAGGGGGUGUCCUAAUUGAACUCAUACAUUGCGUUGAACUCGUUUUUAUUACUAUCCUGAGAGUGAUGUAACUUUUGAUGCCAGUUACUUUUUCAAGGGGGGGGGGGGUGUUUGUCCUGCCUGUUUUUUAAUUGAUUUUCUCGUGUCUGGAAUGUGACCAUGAAUGUAUUUUCGUGUUGUU